GUUUACGGAUUCUGAAAGUAUCUCGCUCUUGUAAACAACAGAUGUUUUGACUUUUAAACAUUUCCAGGUUAAAUUUUCAAAUGAUCCAAAUGAUGAAUGUACAUAGUAUUUUCAUUGUGCUUCUCCAGUGGCAUGAUGCAACACACUGAACCGCCGAGUCACUAUGGUAACAAGACCGACUUCCUCCUUCUGUGGAAGUAUAUAUAAAGGCCGUCACGUGCCCGAUUGAGAUUACAAACAAUGAGAAGUUGGUGCACAGAUGCCGAGUCUCGAAUCUUCUUAACUCCGAAAGAAUGAUUACAGUUGAUUUGCAAAACGCUACGUCUUCGGAAAUUAGUGACAAAAUGGAGGCAGUCUUUCUGGCCACCUUGAAUGCUGGAAGUCUGAUCAUCAACAGCUUGGUGUUUUUACUUUUCUACAGAAAACCCACCCUCCGCACUUUUUCUAACAGAUUCGUAUUGAGUCUGUCCCUUUGCCAUAUGGUGCAAUCAGUGUUGCAAAUGCCAUACGUUGUUCUGUCCGGUCUGUUCGGAAGGUGGAUUUUUGGUCAAUUAUGGUGCAACAUAUCAGCUUCUCUAUCUAUCUGUCUCUGUUUGAUCACUGCCUUUUCUCUCCUCCUAAUCGCUAUCGAUAGAUGUUACGCAGUCAACAAUCCUCUACAUUACACCAUGACUUUCAAUAAAAAACUUAAUUACCUUCAGAUAAUCGGGAUCUGGAUGAUUUCUGUCAUCUUGUCUCUUCCUCCCGUUUUAGGGUUGUUCAGAAUCGAGUACAGAAGAUCGUGGCAUUCGUGUUCUAUAUUAUGGUACAGCAGCACUCCUAGCCUAGUGAUCUACUCUACGGUGCUUACCAUCAGCGGAUUUUUGGUCCCAUUCAUAAAAUUAUGUCUCACGUAUCGAUCCAUGUAUUUGGCAGCCAAGAAAAACAGUGCCAGAGCACGUAUGUAUCCUUAUAGAAAAAAACUGAGUUCGUUUAAGUUGGGGGAGGAAUGGAGAGCUAUCAGAACACCUCUGAUGGUCGUAACUUCUCACGUAGUAUCGACGCUCCCAUUUUAUCUAGUACUAGCGUUAGAAUCUUACAGCAAACGUUACGUUCGACCCGACUGGUUGAUGAGUAUUGUAAACAUCGCUCUAUUUAGCAGUUCCAUCAUCAAUCCAUAUUUGUACGUGUUUCGCAAUAAGACGACUAAGAAAGAACUAAGAAAAUUAGUAUAUGGCAAGAAGGAAGAAGGUUGGUUAAUGGGAGAAUGACUAACUCAAGUUUCACUGUGCUAUUUAACGAAAGGAAUUGCAUCUAAGAACGUUUAACACUAUAAAGUAAGAAAAAUUUGUUUCUUCUUAUAUCUGUGCAGUGUUGACCUAAAUCAAAUUGUAGGUCCGUUUUAUAUCUUGUACUGUGUCACAUAAAACAGUCUAACUACGUGUAUUUAGAUUCAAUUAACCUUACAAUAAGUAAGACUUUAAGCUGUAA